GGUUCAAAAUAUAAACACUUUUUCCAUCAACAAUCUCAAUCAUAAUGUUACUGUGAAUCAAUAAAUAAGUUUAAUUAGUGUCAAAUUUUGAAAUAGUGCCAUAAAUCUACGGACAUAUUACUGAUGUUAAAAUUUGUGUUUGACACUGCUGUUAAUCAUGUUAAUUGGUCAAACUCAUGAUUAAAUAAACAGUAAAAAAUUGCAAUGGCUGGUUAGUGGUCAUUGUUGGUGAAAUCAAAUUUUUCAUCUGUUUAAUCGUAUUAACUGUAAGACAGGCUUUCAGACAGUUAAAGACACACUCUUCGAUCAAUCAAUUUGGAAUAUUCAUGUUGCCAGCAUUUAAAAAUUGAUUUUUAAAGCGAUUUAAGCUUUAAUUGUGAGUUUUGAGAAAAGAAAGAAUCAAACCAAUCAUACUGGUGAUUAUUGGGUGAGGUUUGAGACCGGCUCAAUGGACAAGAUGCAAAGAAAGACUCUCCUUCAAGUUUACCACCCAAAACAAUACACUUGCUAACCUUCCUUAUUCAUUUGGCCAGUUUAUUAAAAUUAAUUGUACCAAUGGACUAAAUUAUUUGUGAUAUUUUCUCUUCUUAUCUUUACCACUCAACCCUUUUUGUGACUUUUAACCUUCCCAAUAUUUACAGUAAUCUUAAACUCUAACUCGACUGGUUUCCUCACAACACUUUCAACACCAUGAUUUAAUCAACCAUCUUGAUCAUCUUACCAAAAUGACAAUUUUGGCUAGAACAAAUUAACCCUAAUACAUAAUGAUUUAAUCCUUAUUGUGUGGUGAUUCUAAAUUCUCAUUCAACAAUCCAAUUUUUCGAUUAAAUUUGAUAAAAGCAGCAAAAAUGCAUCUCAAUGAUGCUGCUUCAAAUUUACUGUCGAUAGAUAAAAAGGGAGAAGAAAGACAGACAAAUAGUGGAGAUUCUGGUGAAAACUCUUUAAUAUUGGACCAAGAAUUUUCUGGUCAAUCCUGUAAUAAGACAGAAUUAACUGCAGAAAAGUCUGACUGUCCUUCAAAUUAUUGCUCAAAACCAGAGGAAGCUCAAGAAACAAGUGACCGGCGUAAAGAGGAGCAACAAAUUAAUGAUCAGCUGUUAACUAAAUCCAUAACAGGCUCAUUUAAUGGAUCUGCUAACCUACAAACAACCAAUGAUAUUUCAAUUAUGCAAGAUAGUACCGAUCUUCAUUGGUUUAAUGAGGAAACCUAUCAAAGUGAAAAAGUCCCACUCGUUGAAAACAUGCCAAUAAUAAUUGAAUCUUCAAGCGGCGAGUCAUCAAAUCGUGAUUUAAAUCGAUAUCAUGCUUUAUCCCGAAAUAUUGAUGCCACUUUAGCCCAGAUUGAUAUGGAAACCUUUCGAAGUGAAGACAUUAAUCACAUUUAUUCAACUCUACCUGAGCUUGACUCUUCAUGUGGUCCAGUUGUUGAAGACGGCGGAGAAGAGUUUGCCUCAGUAUCAGGUUCCCUUUUGGACGAGAUCACUACUGAUAGCCAUUAUUUAAGCUCCAAGAGAUUUAACAGUCAUGGCAUUGACUUAAAUGGUUCUAGUUCUAUUUUUGAUUCCUCUAUGAUUGACGAGACUUCAAAAGCAUUAUCCUCGGCAACAAUGCGAAGUGAACGCUUGCCCGGUCUUUAUUCAAGAUCUCGUAUUGAUUUAUCUGGUGUUUCAGUUGAUUCAUUGGAUUUUAGUUCCUCGGAAAAUGAUAAUACCAAUGAGAUGAUUUUACGCUGCCGUGAACAGGAUAAAACCAAAUAUACAAUUGCAUUCGAGGAAAGUGUUUCAUCUAUAACAACCUUUUCGGACUCUGCGGAUGAUACUAAAAACAAUUCAGAGGAAAGUGAUGCUGCAACCAAAUUUAAUUUAAAUAAUUUGAGACGUCGAAAGACUAAUGGUACUGUUAACAUUGUCCUUGAUGGGGAUAUAGCUGCAGAUGGAGACGAUGAUGAUGAUUAUAAUGACAAUUAUCUGGUUAAAUCAGAAUAUACCACUUGGAAUAUGGUGAAAAGACGACCAAUUGGUUCAAAUGGUAGACGUGAAUUAGUUAAACUACGACGCUAUCCUUUUCGCUCUGUUGCUAAACAGAGCCAGAGUUUACCCAAUAUUGUUCAGGUAGCCUCCGUGAUUACUGGUGAUGAAUCUUUGUUUCCUCCAUUAGGAAGUUAUGUUCCUUUGUAUGAUCUCAACAAGUCAAAUACAACCACCAAUUCAUCAAAUAGUGAGGCUAGUCCACCUCGAUCAUUGAUACGACUUUUCAUUAAAAAUCGUACAUCACCAACUUCAAGUAGUCCAGGGUCUUCUUCAACCAGUUUUGAAGGGCAUUUCAUUGAAUCAAGUGAACCUCGUAGUCAUGGAAUGGUCUCUGGUCAUGGAAUUUCCAAAGUCUCAUCCAAUCGAGUUGCACCUCGAGAUAAUCAAGGUUACCGAGAAAAAGAGAGUACUGUUCGAGUUUCAACUAAACGAACAGUUGGUCAACAGUGUUUAAGUGAAGAUUGGAAUAAUUUUGAAGAUAGUUUAGUCUCUGAAGGUCAUGUAACCCUUUUGACUCCUAAAAGUGGAUUUAGUCGAUUGAAACAAGCAAGUCCUAUCAGAGAGGAAGAUGCAACAACGGAUAAUUCACGAGCUGAUGAAGCUAUUGCCAGUGGUACAGAUGAAUCUUAUCAUGGAAAUGGUUUACCCUUCAAGGGUAAACUAAAUAAUCAACAAUGGUCUCCACAGUUUGAUAAUGGCAACAAAAAUACUCCUCAUGAACGAGAUGUAAUUGGAGCUCGACGAAGUGUUUCGGUUGAUCGUUUCAUGUCUAAUCAAUGUGGCUGCCCUUCAUCUGGUACAUCAAACAAUAUAAGACGAAGCUCUGAUUAUGGUUCAACAAAUAUGAACAAGAUACGAUUCUCAUCAGGUCGAGAGUUUGGCUCUGUUUCAAGUGGCUACUUAAGCAGUCGCCAAGGAUCAAGUGAAUGGCAUCGUAAAGCUAAUCCAAUUCAAUCUCAUCCACCUCCUUUACCAUCAUCUCAAUAUCCUCUUAACCCUUCAUCUUCUUCUGGCUCUAUUCCAUCAUCGUCUAAAAAAUAUUCAAUUUCUGUAACCACCAUGAAAACAGCAUCAACUCAAGUUCCAGUUCAUAUACAAGAUAAGCAAGUUCAAACAACUUACAAGUCUAAUGAUGAACCAGGCCCAACAAGUUUCAUUAUUCGUGAAUAUCCGACAAACACUGUCCGAGAAAAAGAAAUACCAUUGUCAAGUUUUGCCAAAGAAUCACCUACAGAACCAAAUGAUCAACGUAAACCUUUGUACGUUUGUUUCCCGAAUUAUUCUCUCCCAGAUUUAAGUUUUCUUCGAAAUCUUUCAUGCCCUUGUACACCGAAAGAAGAAGGGCCGACUGCUGUCUAUUUAUCACCCACUAAGCUGAAUUUACCCAUUCGCGAGCUUACUCCGCCAGUUAAAAGGCCUCUUAGACGUAAAGGAGCUCGACCCAAAUCUUGUACUGAUUAUGAAAAUUUGAUUGCUAACCGCAGCUUUAAUCAUAUCAAAGAUUGGGAUUCUUUGAAAGUUCUACUACCAAAUGAAUUUAAAUCAUUGAUUGCUCGAUUAGAAGGUGAUGGAAAAGUGAAAACCGGUGAUCAGGAAAGCGAAGAAAAGAGAGAAUCAAAUUAUGAAAACAUUAAUAGAAAGCAAUUUGGAGAAAGUGCAAAUAAUACUACAAAUAAUAAUAAUUAUAAUAGUAAUAGUAAUAAUAAUGUUUUUACUAAUAACUCAAGUAAUGUUGCUAAAGAUGCUUACAAUAAUAGCUCUAACCCAUUCAGCAGUAAUUUUAAAGAUCCUAACAUUGAAUCUAGUCCUCAGGGUGAAGUUAAACUUCGACCCCGUAAAAGGUUGACGCCGGGCAGGUCAUUGGAUAAUGGCAGUUACCAAUGUCCAGCAGAGGAUAACACCGGUGGAUGUGUUUGCAGAGAAAAAAAGAGACACUCGCUUCAAGAGCCUUCAGAAUAUGGAAAUCACCCUGAAACUGAAUGUUCAUACCGUAACACUAUCUCUCGAAGUGUUACUAUGCCUUCUUGCGUAUGCCAUAACCAACCUGUUUGUCAUUUAAAUUGUUGUCAACCUCAACCUUAUUAUCAUCAUUCCCAUCCGCACCAUGAUUACCUUUACUCACAUCCAACUCCACCUUCACCUCAAGUUUAUCAGUCAUCUCAUCAUCAUCAUGUUGCUCAUCAUUCAUCUAAUUCGUGUUGUCAGGGACAAGGAGCAAGAUCAUCAAUGUCAACAAAUGUCAUGCCAAAUGAGAUUCCCUCUUCAAUGGCUAAUGGUCUAUUUGAUGAUCCAUCAGUUGAUAGGCUUUGUCAUCUUCUCUCAAAAGGCAUGUCAGUCAAAGAAUUUACAAAUAUAAUUGGAGGAGGAGGAAAUACUGGCGCUCUCAAGACUCGAUUAUCAUCUCCAUCUAAACCUUAUGAACCUAUUAAAGAACAAGUCAUUGAAGAAAGUGAAUCCAUGUGCGUGUCAUCGAAAGAAGCUGCACAAUGUUCAAAACAAGGAGAAAUAAUUGGUGAGACCAAUCGCUAUGGAACAAAUGAUUGUCAAUCAAAUGAAAAUAGGGAUAAAAAUGAGUUUACCAAUUUUAAAGAUGAAAAGAAAAAUUCGAGUUUUAAUGUAAUUAAAAAACGAUGGGAAUCGUUAACAGUAUCACCUGGAUCAUCAUCAUCAGCUAAUUCACCUGAACUUUCCACCAAUCCAAAUAAUGAAGUAGGAAAAGUGAAAAGUUCAAAAUGUGAAAAUAAAAAUAGCAAACAAGGAUCAACUUCAGCAACACCAUUGACUUCACCGGGAAACACGAUCAACUCACCAUCAUUAGCCUUACCAAUUAAGCCAAAAGUUCCAGUCAAACCACCUUUAUCCACAUUAAGACCUACUUCUGGUCCAGUUGCUAAAAGACCAACCUCGCUAGGUGCCAAUACCAACGUUUUCAAAUCUAUGAUACCAAUAGCUAAAGGAAAUAAAUCACCGCCUAUGGUUAAACAAUUAACAUCACCAAAUAGUAAAACAUUGCCUAGAAGCAACUCAAAGAGAACGUGAUGGUUGUCUUCUAAUGAUAAUUAAAUUGAUUAAGAUUAUUGUGGAUAUAAAGAAGCAAAAAUACACUAAAAUGAUAAAAUUAUUAAGAUUGCAAACAGCCUUCUGAGCUUUUCUAUUAUUUGUUAGUUUUAUUUUUCUCUCAAACAACCAUCACAACUCUUCUUGAGGCUCAUUUUGCUAAUUAAGGAUAAACUAUUGCUAAAGAAUUACUAAAUUCACUCUAAAGGAAUACCAAUUUUUUCCAAUUACUCAACCUAACAAAUCCAAUUAAGUUUAAAUUAUUUUGACUUUUAAUUUUCUGUUUUUUUUCUCUCUCUUUACUUUCCAUUUGUUCAUAUUGUUUUCGUUUAUCUAUCUAUCAAUGCAAAUACAAAUUAAAUACAUUUAUUUUUUAUUUAUUGAUCACUUUCCGUUUCAACAUUUCAGUUAAACGAUUAUCAACUGGAACCGAAGAAAACAAUUGAUUAUCUUUGAGCAACCUCAAUUGAAUAUAAUACUAACAAUUUGCUGUGUUCUUUUCAUUCUCUUUGUCAACCCAUUUUUCAUUCUCACCCUUCAUCCUCUUUCAAACCUCACACUCUUAACUAUAGUCUUAACUAGAUUAUUUAUCCUGUGCAAUUCAAUGAUGAUUAUUAAAUUAUUAUGUACCAUUGAGAAAAGCAAAAUAAUAAGUUCCACUUUGCAAUUAA